CCCUCUUCAUCCCUGAAUAUCAACAGAAAUCCCACAACUUCUCUUGAAGAGCAAAUAAGCAAGAGGUAGGAGGGGAGGAGGGGGUGAACUGUAGAUAAAAGUGGGGAAGAGAGAGAGAAAGAGCGAGAGAGAGAGAAAGAGAGAAAGAGAAAAGAGCAAACGUUGGUAGUGCGAACAAAUGUUUGGAAACGUACUGUCAGACGAUCGCGAAGUGUCGCGAGACAAGGAGAAGGAGAUUCGUUACGCGUGCAUCUGUUUCUUAUUAUCGUUUUUAUUUUUUUUUCUUAUAACAUUCCUACCUUCUAUUUUAAAGUUAAAAAGAAAAAAUAAAAAGCGCAGUAAAGUAUCAUCGGUCAAUCGAUUAAAAAUAUAUCAUAAUCGGCAUAUUAAAAAAAGACGUAUUCGCAUUGUGCCGUUUCAAUUACGUUAUGGGAAUGUUAGGAGUAUUUAAGUGGCUCCGAAAAGAUAUUGGCUAUCGGGAUAGAAGCAGACGUAGUUUGUCGAGACAAUCAACCUUUUCGAAUUUAACGCUAACCGGUGGUGCCAUCGUUGAUCGAUUAUCGAAUUUAACAUCAGUAAAAUAUAAUUCGGCUAGAUCAGAGAAGUGAAAAAUAAAAACAAAAAAAAAAGAAAAAAAAAAGAGAAGUAGUAUGAAAGGAAAGUAAAGAGAAUUUCAAAGAGAUAGGGAAAGAAAGAAAGAAAGAGAAAGGGGCAAAGAGAGAGAGAGAGAGAGAAAAUGUCGAUUUCUUAUACGACGAUUUGCAAUGCAAAGAAACGACGACAAAGGGCGAAAAGUGCCGAUGAAGUUGCUGAAUCUUAUCGGAACGCAUUACAAGCGUUCGUAGAUCGUCGAAGAUUUUCAACGACUAUGUUAGACGCAACAUCGCAAAACAAUUUAGACGUAAAUGGUGGUGUUAGUUUGUUAACGGAAAAUGGUAAAGAUGUGGAGAACGAUAAUGAGAAUUGUAACAAGGAAAAAACGAUACAACAACAACAAGAAGAAGAAGACAAUUCGAUAUUAUUAUUGGAUGUACCAAACGUAACAGCCUCAGAGAUCUUUGAGAUUGGUUUGGUCGCCGGAACGGAGGAUCGAUAUUUGGAAUUGAUAUAUGCCGAAUGGGAAAAUACACGGAUCUCGUUAAAGAGGCAAACGCAUCCGGAAUGUCGAAACGCGGUCAAAACCGACAUGGAAAUUCUCACAAAAAUUCGACAUCCAAACAUAGUGAUGUUAAUGGCGAUGACGCAUACGGAGGAUUACGGUCUCGUAUCGAUUCUCGAACCUGUUGACUGUACCCUUUACAAUUACAUGCACGAGCAAGGCGAACGAAUUUCCGUUCGAGAGAUGGCAAGGUUCGCCGGUAAACUGGCUGAUGCACUUAGGCAUGCACACAUGCGUGGUUACGUUCAUAGUGCUAUUAGUUCGCAUUGCGUUUAUCUCGCCUUUGGCGAAACUGUUAAACUAGCAGGAUGGGAAUUGGCAAUCAACUUGGGUAAACCAAAGCCCAAACAAGAGUACGAGGAUAUUUUACGUAGUGAAAUAUUUAGAUGGCAAGCACCGGAAUUAUUUUCUGGUAUAUCUUGCAAAGAGAACGACGUUUAUGGGCUUGCCUUACUUAUAUGGGAAAUGUGCACGAUGCAUGUACCAUGGAAUGGCUGCGACAUAACAGAAGUCAAGAAACAGUAUUUACAAUUGAAACAUGGUAUUCCCAUAGAUUUAUGCAAUUCCAUACCUUUAAUUAAUAGUUUAUUAGAAAUUGCUUUACAAAUUGAUAUCGCCAAACGAAAUAUCGAUAUUAAUAAAAUACGUAGAUUGUUGCAAAGUCUUGAGAUACAAUACGAGCAUAAGGAUCCCGUAUAUGUCGAUGAGUGCAAAAAGGACAAAACAGAAAUAAAUAAGACAAUUGUAACACCAAUUGUCGAAAAAUCAAUUAAAACAGAUCAGCAUAAAAUCCCUUUACCAAAUAAUUUAACCGAAGAAUGUUUGGAUCUUACGAUAAAUAAAAAAAUUUUGGAUCCUACGAAAAGUAAGGAUUAUUUUAAUUCUAUCAAAACUAAACAAUAUUUGGAUCCUACAAGAACUAAGAUUCGUACGUGUGACACCGAAGUUCCCAUAGACUUACCUAGUACCACCGAUAUAAAAAAUACUUUAAUUCAAAAUGAACCAUCGAAGGAUUUGUACAAUAAUCAUGAAGAAAAUGAAUUGCAUUCUUUGGAUCGAGAAAAUAAAGAAAUAAAAAAGAAAAAUAACAAUGUGGAUUUGGAUAUGUCGAAACUAAAAUCUUUCAAUACAUUUAGAAAGUCUCAACAAAUGAAAAAGUCUAUGACAUCGAAUAAUUUAUAUAAAAAAGUAAGAAUACCAAAAAAUCUUUCGGAAUCUGAUAAUAGCUCUAUAUCAUCGUCAUCUCUUGGUGGUGUUACCGAUCUUGUCGAAGAUAUUCCAAUUGAUGUAAAUGCACGUCUCAAUUUGCAACGUCUUAAAGAACUUCUUGCUAAUAGAAGAGAACGUUUUUUUAAUGGUAUACGUUCGCCACAAUUGUUUGAACAAAGACAAAGUUUAAGAAAUUCGAUUAAGGACACGGAGCUAUUGUCCAAAGUGAAAAGUAAAGAUUAUGAGCCGCAUAAACCCGCAAGUCAUAAAACAUGUUUAGAACCAAAAUUUAACAAAUCUCCUGGCUCAUAUGAUUCAUCUUACGUAUCACCGAGUCAAGCAACUCGCAAACAACCUUACUCUCAGAUGCCUGCCAAUAUUAAAAAUGCAAUAAUGCAACCACGGGUACUAAUCCCAGAUCCUCAAAACUUUUUCGAAUCAUCCUUAUGGAAAAAAGAAAAAGAAAUUUGUAUAUCGAAAAUGAGGAAAGAGGACAAAAAUGAAGUGCAAACAUCUGAAGAAAGUUCUGAAAAUAUUUCUACGAAAUUAGAUAUCAUAAAAUAUUCAGAAAUAUUUAAUACAAAUAAAAAGUCAGAAAAAAAUGUGCAAAAUAAUAGGGUACUUAUUGAAAAUAUACCGGAAUCGGAGGAAAUAGUGUAUAAUAAAAAUAACUCGUUACAAAUUCUGAAAGAUGCAUUAGAUCGAGCAACUGAAAUAAUUUGUUCUACGUCUACUCAAAAUGAUGCGAUUACAUCAUGCUUACCUUCACAAUCUUAUAAUAAUAUUAAUAAUAUAACAAAGAACACGUACAUUAAUAAACCUUUUAUCGACAAAGCAUACGAUUUGACUUAUACCGACGAUAUAGAAGAAAUAAAAACUAAAAAGAAAAUGGAUUAUACAUGUAGAUCAUCAUCUUUAUUAAAUAAAAAUAUGUCUAUCGAUAUUGAAACAUUGGAAAAUAAUGUUUAUGACUCUAAGACUGAUACGAAUAAUUUUAUAAAUGAAGAUGAAAAAUAUGAAAAAAUUAUUGAACGUUUCGAAAAUCCAAUUCAUAAUUCUGAUACGAUAGAACAUAAUAAUAAAAAAGUAUUCAAUGAAAUUUCAUCCAAAGAAUUCUUUUCACCAAUAUCGAUUGAUGAAAAGCAUGAUUUUCAAUUGCCCUUUCCAUCGACAUUAGAUAAUAAUUGCAAAGCCUGUAAUAAUAAAAUGUCAUUACAAAGACGACGUUCUUUACCAGCUACAUUUCCACAUCCAAAAUUAGGAAAUAAUUUGCAAUUGGGCAAAUUACCGAUACGUAAGGCUGAUCAUUCAAUAAAUAGCUCUAUAGAGGAUUUCUAUAUUGACGAUGAUAAUUUAGAGUUGAUGAAUUUAAAUAUUAAUAUGUUGUUAUUGGACGAUGAAAUGUUCUAUGAUAAUUAUUUGUUUGAUAAACAAACAGUUUAAAAUCUUCUUUUAAGGCUGA